AUGGCAGCGCGUGUAGACCACCGCGACACGGGUCGUGCCUCAACCCAAUCUGGACAGCAAGACGGCGGCCAUGGCCUCACGAAGGCCGGGCUGGCGAAGGCGCCGAGCUCGACCGCCCACGCGCUUUACGCUUGCUGCUCGCGCUCGCGGGCGACGCGGAUCUCGCGGCCGCCGUCGCCAAGAGCGCCGCGCAUCAACCAAGCUUGGUCGCUUGGAUCGCGCUGCAUCGCGCUCUUCUUCUGGCAGCGAGGUCGUCCAAGGCAUCGCAAGGGCCUCAUUUCGCGACCGUCGUACUCGAGUUUGACGGCUUUAACGACCACGUCGCCGCGGUCGUCAAGACGGGACAGAACACGCUGUCCGCCAAGGCGAGCUUCCUCGGUCACCUCCGAGCUCGAGAAGAUCCGCAUGGACAUUCUUCUGUCCAACCUACAUCGCCAGCCCGGCCCGCGUGCCCAGCUUUAG